AUGGACGAACAGACAACACCGCUCAGCGAUGACAGCCUUGAGGGUGCGAUAUCGUCGUCGGAUAUCCAUUGGCCUCGCAAGGACAGCACUGCUCCCCCGGACGAGGCAGAAUCGACAGCCAUCCCAGAGAAUGCCACGCCUUCUAGCACUCCAACCCAAAUCUUUGCUGGUGACACGUCCUCUUCGGACCCAGGCUCGGCGAUACCGGUUCAGGCAAUCACACAGAAUUCGAGACUCUUGCGCCUCCCGUCGGAGCUCCGGAGGGUGAUCUGGAAAUUCGUCUUUGAGACACCCCGCGUCGGCAGAGUCGGACACUUGACCGCCGGGUGA